AUGUCAGAGUCAAGCUCAUUCGAAGUUAUCAUUAUUGGCGCUGGCCUGGCAGGCGCUUUGCUUGCCAAUGGACUUCUUAACAACAAUGUCUCCUUCAAGAUCUAUGAACGCGAGGUAGAGAAUUCCAAGCGAGAAGGCUACCAAAUUCGCUUGGGAGACUCGGCUGUGACCGGAUUCAAAGCUUGUCUACGCGACGAGGAUUUUGACGCAAUUAUUCAAAAGUUUGGACAGUCUGCCACUUCAGGAGCGGCGGCUCCCUGUCUCUAUACGAGCCAUUUUCAACCCAUUCUGGACCUUACCAGCUUACCUACGUAUUCGAAAUCCUUUGCGAUUAAUCGGGUAGUCUGUCGCAACUUGCUCCUCAACCCUGUGAGACCAAGUGGAAAUAUCUGCUACGAAAAGGCCUUUUCUUCUUAUGAGAUCAUUCACGACCCGUCCAAUAGCAGUGAGAAAGUAAGGGUGCUCUUUACGGACGGUACAUCCGACGAGUGUGAUGUUCUAAUUGGAGCCGAUGGCAGCGGCUCACGGGUUAACAAAGCACUUGGUCUCAACAAUCUGGUUAAUAUUGACACACAUUGGUCCUUUUUGGCCAAAGGAAGCCUUCCUAAAGACCGACUGAGCAAGCUACCUGUCGAGCUUCAAAAGGGGCCCAUUAUAGUGUUCGCAAAAGGAAUCUCCUUUUUCUAUGCCUGUAAGAUAUAUCCUUCAUUUCCAGAUCUUAGAGCUAACAAGGAUCCUGAAGUAUAUAUGCCCGCGAAGCGCGACACAGACAAGUCUGCAAGUGAUAGUAUCGAGUACGACGAGACAGAGGCCUCAUUCUAUUGGGGAUUAAAUGUUCCUAAAAGUCUAUCAACUGAAUAUCAAGACUAUGCAGAUAUUCCAAACCGCCUGGAGUUCUGCCUUGACAUCAUUCGCGACUGGGCACCAGAAUUCAAGACUCUGAUCAUGACAGGCCAAGAUGACACACCAUCCUCUGAUAUCUACAUCACCCCCUUACGAGCCAGUACAAAGCCUGUGGCAGACUGGAGAGCACGCCUCCAAGAGGAGGGCCAGGAAGGGAAACAGGAAGGGCACUCUCGUGUCUGGCUUUUGGGUGACGCGGUGCACGCGAUGCAGCCAAAUAGAGGGAUGGGUGGAAAUCAAGCAAUGCAUGACUGUGCGGAUAUCCUCCCCAAUCUGCUAGAGCUGAACGGUAUUGCCGCUACCGGAAGGUCCCCUACGGGCGAAGAGAUCUCGUCGGCAUGUGCAAAGUAUGAAUCGGCAAUGAUUGAGCGAGCCUUUACCUGGGUUUCGAAAAGCGGAGGAGCUUCGAUGCCGAAUUUGGAUUUUGAUGGAUACUUGGGCAAGUUUAUCUCCAUCUCUGGGAAAGUCCUUGUGCCCGUCGUCUCUGCCUUUCUUCGGGUGCCACUAUUCAAACCGUCGGAAAAGAAGGAGUCUGACUGGUGA